CCACGCCGGCUGCCUACCAAGAACAACAAGAGAAAGACCAAAGACCAACAACUCCUCAAUCUCGAUCGCCCUUGCUUGUGGGAGCUAGAUACAACAACAAAUACACAAUACAUGGCUGCUUCUUCGGCGGUGAGCGGGCAUCAGGCGCCGGCGCCGGCGAGCAUGAUGGCGCGGGUGGACCGGCUGGACCUGGUGGUGGGCUACCUCGAGGACAUGCGCAGCGGCAACGGCGGCAGCGCCAGGUCCUCCUCCACUGCCACAACCUUGUCUUCAUCUUCCCCGGCGAGCACGCCUCGGGCUGCAGCUCGCUGCCGGCCGGCGGAGGAGCUGCUGCAGGAGACCAGGGCCAAGGGCAGCCUCGUCGACCGCAUCGCCUGCCUCGAGAACAGAGUGCUCAAGAUGGAGGAGGAGGAGCGAAUGAGUUUCAGUAGGAGGAGCCCCAUAGCCAGCAGCAGCAGCACGGCGGCCAUGGAGGGGAUGGCUGCAGACAGCGGGAGCAGCAGGGAGAAGAAGAAGAAGAAGAGGAAGGGGAUCAAGAGCCUGGUCCAGUCCUGCGUCGUCAAAUCAGGCGCAGCCAAACUCAAAACCAAGGACUAACUAAUUAGUAUCAGAUAAAAAUGCUCUAGUUGUAUAAUUGUGUUUUUUUCCCCAGUUGUUUCGACAGACUUUGUAUUUUGUAGCCAUGAUCAAUACGCUAAAUGUAUAAUUACUUCGUAUGCACUAUGACGUAGUACGGCUGAUCAAUCGAUGCCGUACUGUAUAUAUUGUUACGUGGAAUGUCAAAAAAUUCAAAUUUGUACUGAAGCCGGUUAAUCAGGACGAUGAAUUCCAGGCCUA